GUUUGACACAAACUCGACCCUCAUAGUCAGUGCUAAAUAGAUUUUUCGAAUGUGUCGAAUAUCCAACGUCCAAUAUAAAACCAACUUUACCAUGGUAACCUCCCCCGAAGUAAACAAAGUUAGAAAAGUCUUUAGGACUUCAAAACAAUUGCAGGUAAUGUUCUGGUUGCUUCUGCUGAUCAUCGGAGCUCUUCCCACUUCGGAUGGGUUGAAGGUGUUUGAAUUCUGCUGUGGGAAGAAGUUGUACAUUCCAGCCCCCGUCAUGUCCCGUGUGCCUCUCCUCGCCUGCAUAUAUUUCACUCCUAUCAGCCCUGGGGCUAAAGCGCUGAUGGUGAUGAAUAGGACUCAGUCUCUGGACCCACACUAUCAGUACAAGGAUGAAACAAUCUUCAUUUCAGAAUUGGCAGAGACCAAGGGACUUUUUCAUGGUCACGUCAAGAUUCCACACAAUUAACUGACUUUCUUAAACUUGUGAUGAAAGACUGCUCUGAGCAUGUGAAUGUGUACUACGGAGACAAGCUUGAGAUCUUCCCGCCGAGACGAGCCGCUAUGCUGGAGUUCUCUCCCUCUCGGAGGCCUUCUGGCCAACGAGUGGUGUGGAGAAGAGGCCGAACCGGGCAGAUCAACAACUGGUGGUCUGUAAACACCACCACCCCGGACCAUGAGGGCAACUAUACAGCAUGCACUCACAGUGGGGUGGAGCUGCGGAAGACUCGGGUCUCUGUGAUUGCAAGGACUCUCCAGGCCAUUGUAGAAGAAGAGGAGUCUUUGGUGUUUCCCUUGCCCAUCCCUGCGUCCACAGCUCUCAUCAGCUUCAGAGACCCGUCAGGCAUGGAGCACGUGCUUUACCAGAAUGGCAGAGAGCGCCUGGACGCAUUCGACUUGUUUAAGGGUCGGUUCUCACUGCAGAACCAGCCCUCGGGUUCUAGAGUCCAGAUUCAUGACCUCAGACCAGGCGAUGCAGGAACCUACGAGGUCCGAGACUUAAAUGGCUUUCUGGUUAUUAGUGCGGUGUUGGAGAGUACAGCGAUUACAGAAGGUCCUCCAUCCUUCAAGUCUUUAUAUGUAACACUUGGCGUUAUCCUCUCCUCCUGUCUGGUGUUAUGCUGCUGUGUGUGCAAGUGCUGCUGUAGAAGGAGCCACUCCUCUAAAGCGCCCAGCACCCUCAACCACAGCCCAGGCCCGUACAAUGCAUCUGAUGCUGGGAACUGGUAUUGUCCACCCGUGCCAAGGAGUGCGCUAAUCGAUGACUUCGAACACAUACCUACAGCUCCUGAUACACAAGUGCAGGCCACUUCACAGUGCCCUUUCACCUCCAACCUUUCACCCCAGUCGGAUGCGGGACCUUGCUUCCAGCCCAAGAGGAGGCUGGGAGACUCGCUCGAUUUCCUGUCCACAAAUCCCUUGAGCACGGACAUGCUCCUUGCCACCACCUACACCUCCGAAAAGCUCAAUUUCCUCUAGAAUAAGGCCAGCGACUCCAGAUGAUACAGGCUGCACUGCCACCAACACUCAGAGAAUGACCAGGACCACGGCUGAGUACAUCCUGCAUGGCCAGGACCAUGGCUCAGUACACCCUGCAUCUGCCUUUGCUGUGUAUCAGCCAUAGGGACCAAAUGUAGUUUUGCAUUUGCAGCAAAGAUACAUUUAUAUACCAUACACACAUGUUCACAAUCCCAAAAGAUGAAUUGUUGCUUGUUCAGUUAACUUUUUGUCAUUUAUUAGGCCGACAACAGAUGUAUGUACUGUAUUUUAAGGGGCGUUUGAUAAGAUUUCUUGUGUUCCACACACAGUGGAGGAGACAGAUAAGGACACAACUUCAGGUGGUUUGUGCAGUAUGUACUGUAGGCUAUUUGACAGAUAUUUCUCAUUUUAUGAACUGUGUUAAGUUUACACUAAUACACGCAUUAGGGCGACUGUUGAAAGAAGACACAGCCUUAAAAGCUUGUGUAAACCUAUGUAAUAACCUUUGUGUUGAUAUCACUCCAGAGGCAGUGUUUUUCCACAAAGAACGUUAUUUCACACUAAUCACACUUUGAGGUUGUCUUAUUAAAGGAGAAAUCCGGCGAUUUUUCACAUAAAUCUCCGUUUCUUGAGGUCACCGAGUACUGUAGGUAUACAGGAAAAAAAAACUGAAAACAAUCAGUUUAACCCAGUUUCAGUUGCUACAGCCAACAGCUAUAGCAGCCAGGCAAUGAUUACUUACUUACUUACGGUGCAAACAGGGGAAAAAAGUACAAUAUGUGGUAUUACAUAAAAUGUGGUAGUUGACUACUUCUAAUGUUAAUAAUUACACGUUGACCCCAGAGCAUCCCAGAGCUGCUUUAGGGGUUGCUGUAAGUAGUGGAUCCCACCACGAGUGCAGAAGUGCUUCUGUUUGAUUUCACUGCAUGCCAGUCCUUGGUAGAUGGUGGCACAAACUGUAAUACACCAACCUUACUAUAAGUUUGCACUAGUUUGUAUUGUGUGGAUACAGAGGACUAGCAUAUGUUUUGCUCUGAUUACGUCCACAGCAAAUGAAGUGAAAAAGUAAGUUCAGGUUAAAUAAGGUUAGUCUUCAACAGUUUAUCGGGAAUGAUAGUGGUCUUUACUAUUGACUAGUGGGGGAAAUGUAGACUAUGUUUGUUAUGAUAUGACAUGUCAUAUAAUAAAUGGAAUAUAUUUUACAAUGUUA